GUAAACAAAUAAAUAAAUCAGAACCAAAAAACCAUCAGAAGAGUACGCAUCUCGUCAAAAAAAAUCCUAACAAUUAGUUCUUUGUGAUAUUAUUAACCUACAGUUAGGUCAGCAGAACCCAAGAUGAAAAUAUUAAUUGUAUUAUUUGCCGUUGUGGCAGCUGCAAGUGCCAUCUCAUUUUUCGACGUUGUGAAAGAGGAAUGGCAUUCGUUUAAGCUUCGUCAUCAAAAGAAAUACGAAAGUGAGACUGAAGAAAAAUUCCGUUUGAAGAUUUAUGCUGAAAAUCGUCACAAAAUCGCCAAACACAACCAAUUGUAUGAUCUCGGACAUGUUACUUAUCGUUUGGCUGAAAAUCAAUACACGGAUAUGUUACAUCAUGAGUUCGUCAACACCAUGAACGGAUUUAACCGAUCAAAUGCUUUAUUAAAGGGAACCGAAAAGAAAUUAGAAGGCGCUACAUGGAUCGAACCUGCCAACGUUGAAUUCCCCGAAACCGUCGACUGGAGAGAACUUGGAGCCGUCACAGGCGUCAAAGAUCAAGGUCAUUGCGGAAGCUGUUGGAGUUUCUCUGCUACGGGCGCUCUCGAAGGUCAACAUUUCCGUAAAACGAAGAAACUCGUCUCACUUUCCGAACAAAAUUUGGUCGAUUGCUCCGGAUCCUACGGAAAUCAAGGCUGCAAUGGAGGUCUCAUGGAUCAAGCUUUCCAAUAUAUCAAAGAAAAUGGCGGCAUUGACACGGAAAAAACCUACCCAUACGAAGGCAUCGACGACACGUGUCACUUUAACAAGAAAAAUGUCGGAGCCACAGACAAGGGUUUCGUCGAUAUUCCAUCGGGCGAUGAAGAAGCCUUGAAAAAAGCAAUUGCUACAGUUGGUCCUGUUUCCGUUGCCAUCGAUGCAAGUCGCGAAUCAUUCCAAUUCUACCAAAGCGGCGUUUACAUCGAACCAACUUGCGAUUCACAGGCUUUGGAUCACGGCGUUUUGGCAGUUGGUUAUGGCACCGAUGAAAAUGGCGUCGAUUAUUGGUUGGUUAAGAACUCAUGGGGCACAACUUGGGGCGAUCAGGGAUAUGUCAAGAUGGCUCGCAACAAGAACAAUCAAUGCGGCGUCGCUACUCAAGCCAGUUACCCCUUGGUUUAAACAAAUUUUCGAGACUGUAUAGAUUUAAAAUCAUUUUUUUACAUGACAAAUUCGUAAUUUUUACUCCUUUGAUUAAUUUUUCAUUCGUAAUUCUUUGUGUAAGAAAGUUUAGUUUUAAAGAAAAAAAAAAGUGAUUUCGCCGAAAUAGCUUUAGAGAUUAAGUUUAAUUAAAAGCAGCAUCACCUAUAGCAGCAUUUUUUGAAAGUUUGUCUGAUAAAUUUUGAAUGUAUUGCGUAAUUAGAGACAAUAAAAGUUGUUUAUCAAACA